AUGCCAAACUGGAAAGACGAGUAUCUCUCGUCCCUGAAGGAUGCUGAGCUUCAGAAUCCCGUGAACAUGGAGCUGGUCCAAACAUGCUCACAGAUGGCCGAUCGCAUAUCUGCCCUCGAGGCCGAAAAGGCAGCACUGGAAUCUCAUGUCUCAAACGUUAAUACUAGCAAGCCAGUUCCAGGGUCAAAAGCUGGGGAGACACCUAGUGCUGAAGACCCUGGCGUCGCUCAGCUUCGUCUCGAUCUGGCCGAGACUCUCCGGUCCAAAGGUGUAGCAGAGAGUCGGCUACGGACGGCAGAGGAGGAACUCAGCAAACUACGAACCAAGUCCAAAGAUGAUUCACGUUGCAUCAGAGAUUUUACAGCUGAGCGGGCCUCACUCACAACCAGGUUAAAGGACCGAGAGCAUGAAAUACGGGAGCAACGAAAGCUACUCGAGCAAGUACAGGAUGAAAUGAUUACCUUGAAUCUUCAAAUGACCGUGGCUGAAAAGGAAAGAGAUAAGGUCAAAAAGGAGAACAAGGAAUUGGUCGACCGUUGGAUGAAGCGCAUGGCCCAGGAGGCCGAGGCCAUGAAUCUUGCCAACGAGCCACUGUUCGACAAAUAG